AUAGAGUUUUACCCAGUAGAUAGCGCCAUUCAACCUUCGAACAACCGGGCCCAGGUUUGUACUGAUAAUUCACAAAAGAACUAUCUGCGGUAAGAGGGCAUGCUUUCCUUUCCCUAUUUAAAGAAAAACUGAGGUUAUCAUCUUUCUGCAAGUUCAGUGGAAAGUAAGAGUGAUUGAGACUGAUAUUGACUAUGUUUUUUUUAAUAAAUAUCCACAGGAGGCUAAAAAGUAAGAUAUGGUCUGCACAGAUCUCUUAUUUUUAUUUUUUAAACCAAUUAAGCUAAGGCAUUUAUAUUCUUGCUUUGUGCAUUAUGUGGAUGCCAAUUAAUUUAACUUUAAUGCAUUAAAAUACAAACAAUGUUCUCUUCAUCUAUGUGCCCAAAACAUUAUGACGGAAGAGGCAGGUCAAGGUAAAGACAUGAAUUAAAAAAAGAGGGCCCCCAUUAAUUUCAGUCCUAAUUGAAGGAGGAUCCUUACCUUGCCAGAUUCCAGCCCUUUAAAACUCGCAUAUCUUGUGACCAAUUCCAUAUAUCAAUGUUUAGUUUGGGUAUGAGUAUCGAUAAGAAACAUCAUGCAUCAGUGAAAGCUUGAGAAAGAGUAUUUAAUGCAGUCUAAAUAAUAAUAUUACAUGCUACAAAGUGGUAACUUACACAGCGAAAUUAUGUAAUCACACAAUUCCAAACAGAGGAGGUCAGGUUAUUGACUCACCUGCUUCAACUUUGAGGGCUUAAGGUACAGAGAAAUAGAUAUGGCAAACAGUUACAAUUGAUACAAGGUUGAAUGUUUGAAAGCUGAAAGACAUACGUUGCAAUCAUAAGACACUAUGCAUCCUAGUAAAGAAAGGGUCAUUUACCAUGGUUCCAUAGCUUCUCCCAAACCUUCAAGCUUACAAGGAAUCAUUAAUUUUUGUCACUAGGUGGUACGGUACUUACAAUAGUUCUAUCGACACAAAUACAUUUUUCUAAAGUUAUCUAAUAGCACAUGAAUGUACGGGUCAUGGGGAAAGUUCCUGCAUGGGGACUGACAUUUCAAUUACCUCAGCAAACUGUAGUCAUCAGAAUUGCAGGCCAAGGUGUAUUUACCAAGUGCUCAAGUUUCAAAAUUAGUCACCUGACUGUUACGGUGGAGGUCACUCCUUUUUGAGGCUAACUUCAGUUUGAUCAUCCUGUUACAUGCGAAAACAUCAAAUGUUACUCACAUAUUUUAAUAAUUACCUGAAUCAAAAUUUAUAUAUUUUUUAAAUAACCUGCUUCCUUCAGUUGUGCUCCAGAAAUAGCUAGUGGUAUUGAAGAGAAAGGAAAAAAGUUCUUGACACAUUCUAUGUUAUGAAUGUUGAUUGUGCGAGAAACAAAAAACAUCUGGGAAGCUUUAAGAACAAUUACCUUUCCAUGUAAACAAACCAUAAUGAAGGAUGAUAUGAAUAAAUUUAAUCUCAUCCAGCUUGAAUGCAGAAUCCAAAAUCUAACUAACUUACUAAUGCUGCUUCUGUCAUUCUAAAUAUUACAAAUCAAUCACGCCACCACUCAACCCUUUAACCCCUAAGAGUGACUAGCAUCUAAUUUCUCCCUACAGUAUCACUUCUGAAUCAUACAUUAAGGUCAUGAGAAUAAAGGAAAUGAUCACCAACUCUUGUUUGCUAAACAAAUUCUCCUUGUUAGCAACUUAGGAAAUGUAUGGAGAACAGUGUGAAAAAUACACGUAAUGAUGUUAGGGUGUAAUGGGUCAAGUGUGAUUGUUUUGAUGAUGUGUACUUUUUUCUUAUGGACAUCUAAUUUUAGUAUACAUCUUUUACCAGCUGAUAUAUGAGAAGAAUCAAGUCCACGCUGGUAAUUUAAAACAUUGCAGGCAAGCCCUACAACUGAUUAAAUUUUAUUUGAUCAAAAAUAUGAAGGGCAGUAGAGGAAAUCAGCUAACACAAUUCAAGUUUCCCUUCUUAAGGGAAGACGUCAGCAUCCAUUGAACAAAUUUGAAAUACUUUGGCAAGCCGUGCAAAACUCUUUUUCACUCCUACUUUCAUAUUUUGUCGCUCAAUAUGUCCUAAUAAUUGUUGUUUAGUAAUUUUGUAAAAACAUAUUUUAGUUUUCGAGAAAUUAUUUAUUUCGUUCCACCGCUCAAAUACUCAAAGUCCGGCAAAAUUUACUUGCUAGCAACUAUGAAAUAUACAUGGUGUGCCUUCUUGUCGUCACCGUCUACUGGAAUAAAUCACUACAAUUUAAAAAAAAAUCUAACAUAUCACUCUAACCUUGUUUAUUUAUGAUUUUUUCGCCAUUUCAAUCAUUAUAUUACGCUUGGGUAUUACUUUUUGACAGGAGCCCAGGUUUUGUGUUGUGUUUUCCCCUCCCCCAUUUAUAUAAUAAGCUAGUCACACAAUAAUUGAUAGUGACACAACUGAAUAUUUACCAUGUAUAAAGAUUUUUGCUUAUGAUGAGUUGAAAAUAUUAGAACAUCUGGUUUUCGUGGUCACUAAUCGUUGUUUCAGUGGCGGCGAAGUAGUUAAAAGCUGGUUGUUACUCCAACACUAUUGAAAUUUAUAGUAUUUAGACAGGCAAACAAAAGCGUGAUGCUCUGGAAAUAAAAACUUUUAGGUGGCCUUUUACAUGAUAUCAGAAUGAGUUUUGUUCAAGAACAAGUUCAUACAGUGAACCUCGAUUAUCCGGACUCGGUGGGACUAGGGUAAAUAGUCCGGAUAAUCGAGAGUCCGGAUAAUCGAAAAUAUGAAUAUUAAUGAGACAAUUGAGUUAUGAUCGUCUCGUGUGUUUACAUAACCCACGCUCAUCGAACUGAUCAAGCAUGACUUUCCCUUAGCAACAAAACAAUGCUGAACCAAUCAAAAUUCAGCUGAACGCAUUAGAAUGCUUCUUGUCUCUUUUUGUCUCCGAGCGCUCGAUCUUUCGAAGGAGUGUGUAAUGCGCUGUUUUAACCACAAUUUUCCUGACUUUUAACAUAAUUUCUGAAUUUUUUUACCUCCUAAAGUUUUUAACAUAUAAGGUCAUUAAUAUUCAUGAAAAAAACGGGACCAGAGAAAAAGUCUGGAUAAUCGAAAAGUCCGGAUAAUCGAUGUCCGGAUAAUCGAGGUUCGACUGUACCGGUUGCCACUUGGCACCAGAGCAAAAUUUAUUCGAAACAUGUAAUUUCUGAAUGAUUUUAUUGGGGUUUUCUUAACAUAAUGAAACACUCAUUCAGGACGACCUUUUCUUCCUGCAUAAUGUAAGUGCGGUACGACUCUCGUAUGUGUAUGAAUCCUCUUAAGGAGCAAGGGAAGCAUAGCAAAAGACAGGAAAGGACAUAAAUACUUGUUUUUACAGGCUAAAUUAUCUUGCAUGUAAAUGUGGUAUGAAUUUAAUUUCGUUCCGGAACGGAACUUAUUUUGGAAAUAUGUAAAAAGUACCUUAGGGACGGAUAAUUAUAUUUUUGAGGGGAGGGGUGACUGGGGCAAAUCACAUUUUUUUUCACUGGGGAGCAAAUCACAUUUUUUGUUUUUAGGUGUUCAUGGGGCGGGGGGAGGGGAGGUGACCGGAAAUGGGUGAGGAUGCUUGUAUCAUACCUUUAAGGUUAGCGACCUGGUACCCUUUACGAUGUCUCAAACUUCAGUUGGCUGCCAGAGACCUAGCUGGUACAUUUUAGGGUGUUUUUUGCUCAAUAAAAUACCUGAAAUAAGCAUUACUAGGACGAUUUUAAUGAUCUGACUCAAGCCUCUUAAGUACAUUGAUAAAGGAGUCUAUUUUUUGGGAUUUUUCAGUUUUUUGUUUUAGAAUUGGUACUAUUCAGGGGUAGAGACUUAGGUCAGACUUAGGUACCUUUAAUAAUUUUAUAGCAGUCGUUCUCGAAAUUCCAUGCGUGCACCCCCACCCUUUUAUGUAAAGGGGUCCCAUGGGGGUGCUGAUACGUGCAACAGCGCACUUGAGAUUUGGCAAGGACAAAUUUUGAUGUUAAUUUUUGGUGAAGAGAAACAAGUUUUGUCGGUGUCUCGUAGCUAAUGCGGAAGGGCCCUUUACCACCAUGUGCACAAUUACUCGUCCGGCCACAUGGCAGAAAGCCACCAAAGUGUUCAGACAUUAGUUCAGAAAACUCCGCCUCUGUCUGGAUUUUUGGUAGCCUAUUGACCAAUAUUCCCAAUUGAGACUUAAGUCUCAAGCUGACAGGCUGCAUAAUUUUGCUUAUGGCAGUAAGUAGCUUACUUACCGGAGCCAUGCUGUAUGAAAUUUCCAGACAUCUUGAGUAAUAUCUGUGAUAGAUGCUUGCCAAUUCCCCUUUACCAUGGCUGGACACUUCUUUUAGCACUCUACGUCUACUACUAGAACCAUGACUCCACUCAACACUGAGAUUUGAUCAAUGAGUGGCGUAAUUUGUAAAUCAUCUAUAUCUUUCGGUGCCUCGAAGAUACUGUAUUGCGACAAAAUAAGAUCAACUUCAUUUUCUGGAUCUCAAAACUUGCAACUCUGCAGGUGACUUGAGAUGUCUUCUUGAUUACUAAACCCACAAGUUCAACCAGGGACAAUUUAACUGAACAGGAAAUCUCUCUGUUAGCAUAUAGGAUGAGACGCUUAUAAAACAGAUUAAUUAACCAAAUCAGUAUGUAGCUUGUCAAUCAAAUUGACUGUUGUAACCAUUCUUUGAAUUCCACUGGUGAAAGAAAUCAUUGAUGGACCUGGACAUUUUAGUUUUCUGAAUGCAGUUAUUCCUGAAAAGUUUUCCUAGAUGUCAUGCAAAGAGGAAAAAAAACACAUCUCUUGGUAUUUCAGAGGUUGAUUCAUCUUUGAAUUUCUCUGUCACGCUUGUCGUGGCAUUUUUUUCUAUCAUAUGGUAAAAUUUACAGUUUCCCUCAUUUCACUGUCUUCUGUUCAUUUGUUUGUUUGCCUUCCUAACAAUCCUAACUACACAGUAUUGUUGCCAACAAAUGCAAGGAGCAGCAUAUAAAAUGUGUACAGUUAUUAACCUUUUAACCCCUAAGAGUGACUAGCAUCUAAUUUCUCCUUUCAAUAUCACCCCUGAAUCGAACAUUAAGCUAUGAGAAUAAAGAAAAUGAUAAACUGAGGAACCUCUUGAUUGUUAAGCAAAUUCUCCCUGCCAGCAAUGUGGGAAUUGUAUAGAGAACAGUAUGAAGAAUAUGCAUGCUGAUGUCGGGAUGUAAAGGGACAUGUAAUCAGUUUUAUAUAUGUAGAGUUUUGCACACAGUUACACAUCCAAAUUUUCUCAGCUUGAAGGGUUACUGCUAUUUUGUAUAAUUAUGGGACUACACAGCAAGCUCUGCUAUUAUAGCAUGUCGUGGUGAUUCUGGAAGUUAAAUGAAGUUUGAACUCUAUUCUCCAGAUUCAAUCAGUACUGUUGGAUCAGGUGUAGACUAAGCCUAACUGAUGCUGUUGUAGUUAUUGUUGUUCUUGAUAUAGUUUUCUCAAACUCAUUAAUUAUUCAAACAGUUAUAAGCUUAUUGGAGUGCCCCAUUUUGGUCAGGUGCAUGUAUCUUGAUACCCAAUGAAAAUCUAGAUCAAGAUUACUCCAGUUAGUUCAAAACCUGAUGAAAACACUGAUCGAGACACUUGAAUUUUAAUUGGCAACUUCAAUUACCAUACAAUCAAUUAUUCACUACUGUUCUUUGAAAAGUUAUUCACAACGUGAAAAUUACAAUUCUGGAAAGUUCCCUCAUGGAACGCAGCAUUAAAUAAAGAACUUAAUGGCUUUUCAUCCUCUUGUUUAAAAGUUUCCCCUUUGGAAGUACUUAACUCAGCAUUUGGACCCAGCAAAUAAGAUACCUUUCCUUUAUUCUCCUCGCUGGGUUUCUCAUACUUUAAUAAAGUAUUGGACCGAUGUCCUGUUUGCUCACAUAUAAGCUUUUCUUUUACCCCAGCAUUAAAAAGAGACAAAGCACCUGUGAUAUGUAGGCAAUGCGCAGUUUACCGUUUUACCCCUGCUGCCUCACAUAAAUCUGGCAAUACCUUAUAUAGAGUGUUAAUACCGACUGGAACUUUUUCAAAACCAAAUCUGGCCUUGGAUGCCUAAUGGUAAAAUGCAUUACCAUUCUUUCCAAAGACUUCCACUAAGCCUAUAUACAAGCGAUUUAUUUCAACAAGACAUGGCUCGUGUUUUACGCCUUCUUUGUGACAGAUGUGCUUAACUGUUCUGGGAAUAUAUUUCAGAUCAGAGACUCCUCCAUGAAGUGUUUUACAAGAAUUUUCUUGAAACUUUAUAGAAUUAGACCCCAGCUCAAAAAUAUUUAACACAAUAUUUCUAUGAUCUCCACCUCGUAAACCACAGAUUUUUCCAUUGUAAAAAUACACUGUAUACAAUAAUGACUUAGCUGAGCUCGUUCCUAAUAGCAUUCUUCAUCUCUGCAUCUAAGGCACGCGGAAAAAUGCUGAACCUAUUGUAAUUAAUCCACCAACAAGAGCAUGUAACUUUAAAGAAAAACUGAAACUAUUCCCGAAAUAAAAUAUACCAAACAAGCAAAAACAACAUGUUUAAUUCCCUGUACUUUUAUCGUGAGCACACUAUCCCGUACACAGUUCUGGUUGGAUACCUUUCCCCUGAAUCUUUGUUGACUUCCAUUACAAACUUCGUGAGCCAGUAGUCAAGAGAUAUGGCAUCCAUAUCCUCUAUUCACAACUAACAGGAUUAACCUUGUGCAAUUCAUAAUCUUGGAAAAGACCGUGAUCUAAAAUUGGCACUUUCACCUCCCUUUCCUGCUGCCAUUUCCGAAAUAUUUUUAAAGCCCAUUUGUUUUUGUACUUUGUAAAAGAUGGAACAGCUUCAUUGGCCAGGACUUCUUCCUCAGCUGCACUUUUCGGCAAACGGAAAUGACUCGAUCUUCCUUUCUCCUUCUCAGCUAGAACCAUCAAUUACAAUGAAACAUUGCUAGCAUGUGACAAACGGCUUUCAAAAUACAGGCAGAGACUUGCAUGAGCUGUUUACCAUUCCCGCAGAGAAUACAUUAUUUUUGCAUGUUUUAUUGCAUUGUAUUUUCAAGACGUGAUUGAGAAGUCAUGUCAAAAAUUCGUGCUUCAUGUUUCAUCAGGGAUUCCAAACACCUUGAAACAAUAAAAGCGGCCUUGUGCUUUUAUCUGUUUUUCGGUGUUUGGAACCCCUGAUGAAACACUCACACUCAUAUUUAAUAUAUUACAUAGGCUAUUCAAGAGCCUUUGAUGCUCAUAAUGAUAGAUGUACAAUUUUAUAUAAUGACUGGUGAGGUUGGUUCUAACAAAAAGUUAUCAUGACAACAACUAAUUCACAGUUUUGGAAUUUAUUAAAAUUUUAAAAACAGUACCUGUGUAGUCUUGUUAUCAUUCUAGACAAAAGUAAAAUUGUUGUUUUUCAUUCCACAGUGAACAAUUUUUAUUUUGGUUGGAUUUUUCCUUGGAGAUUGAUAGAUUUUUGAAACAUCCACCUCUUUCUUUAUACCAUCAUAAACAUUUGGAUUUUAACUUCCCAAAAUGUUAGCAAGCAAUGAACAAAACAUUCUUUUUUUAACAAGAGGGCUUCCUUUGACUGAAGUGCAUAGUCUUUAAAAGAAGGGGGGUAUCCCCUUAAACUAGGGGAUAUAUUCAUUAGGUAUCUAGUCACUUCGCCCUAUGGUCAUUUUGUCCCCAGUCACUUCGCUCCAUAAUCAAAGUCACUUCACUCCAUACAAAAGUUACUUUGCUCCGUGUUACAAGUCAAGUGUAUAUAUACUCACAAGAUUGUAUGAUUGUACAACAUGUUUGUAAUUGUCCGUUUCACUUGCCCUAAUCUCUCUCUGUUCCCCAUGCCAUGCUCAUGUUGUUGAUGCACUUAUAAAUACAAUCUUGACACCAAGCUGAUGUUGUUGAUGCGCUCAAAAUGUGCUAGAACUUUAAGAAGUGUAUAUAUGCCUACAAGAUUGUAUGUUAUGGUUGUCCGAUUUAUAAACACAAUCUUGAGGCCAUGCUAAUGUUGUUGAUGCACUCAUUGAUCGAUGGUCGUAGUUCAAGGGGUAAUUCAUUCAAGGACUUAAAAGCAACUAAGAUAAAAAAGAGCAAUUGAGUCAAAAUAUCUUUGAUUACACGCGUUGUUUAGCAUUCACUUGUAGCACUUACAUGCUUACAAGAUUUAUGUUACAGUCAUUCAAUUUAUAAAUUCGUUCAAAGACUUAAAAAGCCACUGAGAUCUGGGCAUAGUUAAAGAGCGACUGAGUCUAAAUAUCUUUGUUCGAUUACUUACAUGCUUACAAGAUUGUAUGUUAUAGUCGUCCGAUUUAUAAAUUUGUUCAAGGACUUAAAAAGUGACUGAAAUCUAGGUGUAGUUAGAGUGAUUGAGUCUAAAUAUCUUUGUUUGAUUAUGCAUGUUUUUUAGCAUUCAGUUGAAGUACUUACAUGCUACAAUGCCGAGAUGUUGUUGAUGCACCCAUUGAUCGAUUGAAUUUCAAAAACUGUAGCCCUGUAGAUUAUGAACUGCAUGUAAAAACUUUUUGUUAAACAUGUACAUAGUCCAAGGGCUAUUGAGUCUUAAUAUCUUUGUUUGAUUUAUUGCGUGUGUAGUUGCACAAAACUUCUGUUCAUGAAGACUGUAUUGUUGUCAUUCUCUUGCCACAUGUACCCACGCAUAAUGUGUGAGCUUAUGUGGAUUCAAGAUGAGAGCUCUUCUUUUCGGCACAACAUGCCGACUAAGCCUUUCAAAGACUUGUUAAUUCAGAAUACAACCUUAACAUCAACUAUCUGUGUUAUGUCAAAAGGGCCCUUAAGAUUCUCUACCACUCCUAGAUUAGUGAACUUGCAACGUAACACCUUAAACUGCUUUUAGUUUUCCAGUUCAACUUCAAGACUGUAUUGUUCUUUUCUUGUCACAUCCACUACCCACACAAUGUGUGAACUUAAAUGGAGGUGAGACUUUAGUAAUCAAUUAGUAACCAAUCCAAGCGUGUUUUUUCCAAAUUGAAAAUUUUGAUCCUAGGGAACUAUAUAAAAGAUGGUAGACUCUUACUCAAUUAUCAUAUCAGGAUUGAGCUACCAUCGCUAAUUUAUCAAAACAGUCACAAUUCUCGUCAUCGUUAACAUGUUUGUAGAAUAUAUUGCUUGCCAGAAUCCAGUAUGGGCGUGUCAGCAAGGCCUUCAAUGCUAUGGUUGUUUUCACUGGCAACAUCGUACUUGUGGAACAGGAAUCUCCCAGUGUGAUUACCAUUUUGCUAUGCAAACUGGUAGUUCCAUUGACUAG